GGCGAAUGAUGGACAACUCGUGUGUGUGCAUUGCUGAUAAAUAUUUUAUUGAUUAUUUCGUAGAAGGAUUAUGUGAUAUCCAAUUUGCUGAUAGCAAUUUUUGAUAAGUUUUAGAAGAUCACACAAAAUAUAUACGUAAUGUCCAGCUUGACGAGUUUUGUAUCAACUGCUUGGAAAGCGUGGGUGCCUCAAAUCACAGCAGUUCGCUUUCGAUAUUGGGCCGACCGGCCAAGAAUAGUGAGGCGAUAUGGAUACAAAGAUCCAAUUGAUCAGACAGGUACUUUGGCUCAUACUGGUGGAAACAAGCCAGUAAUUGAGUUACCAAUAUAUCGUCCAAAAAAUGCCUGGACUCAAAGAAAAGCAUUAUUUGGUAUCAAUAAUUACAUUGAUAUUCUUGCUGAGGAACCAAUAAAAGUUACAAAAAUAAUGUACAACGUUCCCGCUUGGCUUAGAGGAGUGAAAGGAACUGAAUAUCAUGUUUUGUUGAAAAAAAGACAAAUGUUAAAACGUGGUGUAUACCCUCUGGCUAGACCUACAAAGUGGAAGGAACUAGAAAAGCGUAUACGUUAUCUUUAUAAAUUUAUGAACCGAAAAACUAAAACUUUUUACAGUAAUAAAUAAAAUAUAUUUAAAUGUCUGAAUAAAAUAGCUUAACUUUGAAAA